AAAAGAAAUGGCCUCCACAAGACCUUCAGCCAUCUCUGAGAGUCGAGGUCGGACAGUGGAACUAUAAGCCCUUCCAGGACAGGCAGUGCCUUAGUUGGCAGUAUUUUAUACCCUGUAUUGUAUCGGAGUCUCACUACAACAGGCCUGGAAAGUAGACAACAGUGUAAACUUUUUACAGUCAAAGAACCCAAAAUUCAAAUGAGUUCCACAGAAUGUUAGAGUUGGAAAGAUUUAAAGAUCAUUUUAGUCCACUCUCUUCAUUUUUUUAUAUGUGCUGAAACUGAGGCUCAGCAAAGUCAUGUGACUUGACUGAGACUACAGGCCGGUCAGGGCCAAAGCCUGGGCAUCCCCCCUCCUGGGUAUGCCUUGCACAGCCCUGUGUUGCUCUCCUCCUAGGCAAGUCUCGGGUCUCCACCUCAGACCCCAGAAUUCUGGUCUCCAAGGGUGUCAGUCACCUGCUCACGCCGCAGGCGCUACCACCCACCCCAGGGCUCUGACAUCACCUCCUCUUGACCAAUGAGUGGAGGCCCAGCAAUGGGUGAGGAUGUGAACGUCAGCUACCUCCCCCACCCCAGCUCUGUGGUUGCAAAGAUGCUCUAACAGGAAGCGGGUUUAAGGAGCUGCACAGCUUCCUGCCCCCCAGGGCUGAGCAGGGCGAGAAAGGCGAGUGCCAGGCCCGGCCACGAGACACAACUUCUUGCCGGGGUCCUGGCAGCUUCCUCUUCCACAGCCACUUCCGUGUGGCCGGGGCCCCAGAGGCAGGAGCUGCUGCCCGUUGCCCAGGCCACCCUCCACCCCCAGUCCCGAGCCCUGCCCCCCUGGGGCCAGGCCAAGCCCAGAGGCUGGCUUGGGAUCCCAUGGGGGACUAGUAGGGCAAAGGUCUUAGGGGACAGAGGUGGCCGGGCCAGAGCCCUGGGGCUCCGGCCAUGAAGUCUCGGCAGAAAGGAAAGAAGAAGGGCAGCUCGAAGGAGCGGGUGUUUGGGUGUGACUUGCAGGAGCACCUGCAGCACUCAGGCCAGGAGGUGCCCCAGGUGCUAAGGAGCUGUGCAGAGUUUGUGGAGGAGUAUGGAGUGGUGGAUGGGAUCUACCGCCUCUCAGGGGUCUCUUCCAACAUCCAGAAGCUCCGGCAGGAGUUUGAGGCUGAGCGGAAGCCAGACCUGCGGCGAGAUGUUUACCUUCAGGACAUUCACUGCGUCUCCUCCCUGUGCAAGGCCUAUUUCAGAGAGCUGCCAGACCCCCUGCUCACUUACCGGCUCUAUGACAAGUUUGCUGAGGCUGUGGCAGUGCAACUGGAACCUGAGCGCUUGGUCAAGAUCCUAGAGGUGCUUCGAGAACUCCCUGUCCCAAACUACAGGACCCUGGAGUUCCUCAUGCGGCACUUGGUGCACAUGGCCUCAUUGAGUGCCCAGACCAAUAUGCACGCCCGCAACCUGGCCAUCGUGUGGGCCCCCAACCUGCUGAGGUCUAAGGACAUAGAGGCCUCAGGCUUCAAUGGGACAGCAGCCUUCAUGGAGGUGCGGGUGCAGUCCAUUGUCGUCGAGUUCAUCCUCACACAUGUGGACCAGCUCUUUGAGGGUGCGGCUCUCUCUGGUGGUGAGGUGGAAAGUGGAUGGCGAUCACUUCCAGGGGUCCGGGUGUCAGGCAGCCCCGAGGACCUUAUGCCCCGAUCCCUGCCCUACCACCUGCCUAGCAUACUGCAGGCUGGUGAUGGACCCCCACAGAUGCGGCCUUAUCACACUAUCAUAGAGAUUGCAGAGCACAAGAGGAAGGGGUCUUUGAAGGUCAGGAAGUGGAGAUCCAUCUUCAAUCUGGGUCGCUCUGGCCAUGAGACCAAGCGUAAACUUCCACGGGGGGCUGAGGACAGGGAGGACAAAUCUGAUAAGGGGAGUCUGCGGCCAGCCAAGAGCAUGGACUCACUGAGUGCCGUGGCUGGGGUCAGUGAUGAGCCAGAGGGGCUGGUGGGACGCAGCAGUCCUCGACCAGCCCCACUGCUGCUGGCGAGCUUGGAGAAUGAUUCUGUGGAUGCAGCAGAGGGUGAACAGGAGCCUGAGGCGGAGGCACUGGGUGGCACGAGCUCUGAGCCCGGCACACCACGACCUGGGCGGUCAGCAAUCCGUGCUGGGGGCAGCAGCCAUGCACAGCGCCGUGCCGGCGUCCACAUCUCGGAGCCCUACGAUGUCAACCUCCCACCACACAUCAGUUCUAUGCUCAACAUAUCCCCAGGCAUCAUCUCUAACGUCUCCUUGGCCGGGUUUGCCCGUGGUCUUGAGUACCCCACCCUACAGCCCCGGCCAAGCCCUGCCUCUGGCCCUGGCUCUGGCCCUGGCCUUGGCCCUGGCCCCCCAGAUGAGAAGUUGGAGGCAAGUCCAGCCCCAGGUCCCCUGGCUGACUCAGGCCCAGCGGACAUGACCCCUGCCCUGGAGGACUGCCUGUCCCAGGAGGUGCAGGAUUCCUUCUCCUUCCUAGAGGACUCAAGCAGCUCAGAGGCCGAGUGGGUGGGGGUGGUGGAUGGGGAGGUGGUCAAGGCAGGACCAGCAGGAGCAGCCUUCUCCCCUGGGGAGGACGACCCUGGGAUGGGCUACCUGGAGGAGCUCCUGGGAGUUGGGCCUCAGGUGGAGGAGUUCUCUGUGGAGCCACCCCUGGAUGACCUGUCUCUGGAUGAGGCUCAGUUUGUCCUGGCUCCCAGCUGCUGUUCCCUGGACUCUCCUGGCUCCAGGCCUGAAGCAGAGGAGGAAAGUGGGGAGGAAGUCUUCCUGAGUGCCUAUGAUGACCUAAGUCCCCUUCUGGGGCCCGAACUCCCGACCUGGGAGGGUUCAGGCAGUCUAGAGGAAAAGGGAACAGGGUCUGGAAGACAGGAGGCUCCAGGACAGGCUGAGGGAGAACAGGCGUUCUGGGAAGUUGAGGAGGACAAGGAGGCUGAGCCUGGAAGUAGAGGGGACAUCAGGGAGGAGGCUGAGGGGAGCCCAGAGAGUGAAGUGGAGGGUGCAGAGGCCAGUGAGGACGGAGUGGAGGCUGAGGGAAGCCAAAAGGUGAUUGACAGUUUGAGCGAAAGAUGCGGGGAAGAGAGAGAGGAGACAGACGCCAAGGGAGAGGAGUCCAAAGGUCAGCAGGAGGAUGAGAGUAUGGAGGAAGCUAAGGGUGUGGAGGAAACAGGAGGGGAGCAGGGUAAAGACCAGGGGAAGGAAGGAAAGACUGAGCGAGAAGAAGAAGCUGAGGAAGGAGAUGAAGCCCAGGGAGAAGCCGGGAGGGACCCAGAGGAUGGGGCCCAGGAAAACCAAACUGCUGAAGAGAGCUGGGAAGUUGUACACAAACAAGAGGCUGAAGGAGGCAGAGAAGAUGAGGUCAAAGGGCAGGGGGGGGAUGAGAACCAAGAGGCAAGAGAAGACCAAGGAGAUGGUGAAGAUAGCAGAAUACCAGAAGAAGCAGCUGAAGGAGGAGCAGGGGAGGUCAGCAAGGAACGGGAGUGUGGAGACGGAGAAGCUGAGGGAGACCAGAGGGCUGGAGGUGACCAUUUAGAAGAGGGCUCCCUCCCUGAAGUGUCACCUGUAGAGUCUCUGGAGGUUGACAGUGCCAAAGAGGGUAAUGCCCAGUCCUCUGAGACAGAACAGGCAGCCCCACAGCCACGCCGGCCAGAGGAGCUGGAUCCUGAGGGGCAGCCCAGUCCCCUCGGCUCAGCUGGUGGUGUGAGCAUGCGCCUGGCUUCCACCCUGGUUCAGGUCCAACAGGUCCGCUCUGUGCCUGUGGUGCCCCCCAAACCACAGUUUGCCAAGAUGCCCAGUGCAAUGUGUGGCAAGAUCCACGUGGCACCAGCAAACCCAUGCCCAAGGCCUGGCCGGCUUGAUGGAACUCCUGGGGAAUGGGCCUGGGGGUCCCGAGCCUCCCGCUCCUCUUGGAGGAAUGGGGGCAGUCUUUCCUUUGAUGCUGCUGUGGCCCUGGCCCGGGACCGCCAGAGGACUGAAGCUCAGGCAGUUCGGCGGACCCAGACCUGUACUGGGGCUGGGGACUACAGCCUCAUCCCCAAAACCUCCCCCUAUAGCAUGAUCCCCGCCUAUUGUCCUCGGCCCCUUAGCUGCCUGGAGCUCCCGGCUGAAGGCACAGAAGGGUCUGGACCCCGGAGUCGGUUUAGUCUGCCCCCGAGAGAACCCCAGCUCCCUGAGCCCGUUACGUCCCCCCAGCGCCGAUCGUAUGCAUUUGAAACACAGGCUAACUCUGGGAAAGGUGAGGCACUGUGAUUAGGGCCAGAGCACUGGGCAGAGGGGACAGUAGCUGUCUCCAGGGUCUCUCAGCUGUCUCUUCGGCAGCCUGAGCAGCUUUAGUGCCCAACUUUAUAGGUUUUGGCCCUCCAGCUUCUCUUCAUGACCGUGGGAGGCACGUCUUGGUCCGUUUACCUGAGGUUGUCUCAGACACAAAGCACUUAUCCCUUACGAGAUUCCAGAGACAGUCACCAAGAUCCUGUUCCCAGAGAGUGGGGUCAUUGGCCAAAGGGAACAAAGAGUAGGCGGCAAACUUAACGGUUUCUCAACGUGAAGAAUGAAGGCAGAACUCCAGCCAAGUUCCUGCCCUCUUAGGCAAUGAACCUCUCUUCAUGGAAGUCCAGAGUAGAGGCAGGGGUCAGGGCCAGAUCAGAGCCUGUUACAUACAAACACUUCUAGAGUUACCCAUCCUUGUUCUACUCUUGGGCCCUGGGACACCUCUUGCUCCUCUUAACUCCAGAUUAGGAGGAAAAUGUGCAGGAAACUUUGAAUGCGGAGUAUUUGUUGGAGGGACUGGCUCCCUUCCCAGCUCCCCCACCCUCUGCCUCCCUGCGUCUCAAGGAAGAGAGGACUUGUAUAGAUCUCUCUGGCCUCUCCUUUCUCCUUUGGAAUAACUUCCUAUUUUAGGGAAGGGGAAUGGCGUCACUCAGGCCCUGGGACUGCUUCUCCCGACAGGCUGGGGCCACACGUCCCGAGGGGCAAUG